AUGGCGAGCGCGGCCCGUGGGUCGGACAGGUGGACGCCGCUCAGGCUCCGGCUCCUAAUGUUGGCGCUACUGGGGACGCAGCAGAUCAGCAAACAGGUUUGGGAGUCACAGCCAUCCCUGCCUGGGGCAAGGACAAGUGGUGGUCCGAGGCCUCUCAGAGAAGGUGGCUGUUUCCCACUGCAGGUCCAGACCCUCAAUCCAGAGAGUCUCCUGCUCGUGUCCACCCUGGAUGGGAGUCUUCACGCACUAAGCAAGCAGACAGGGGACUUGAAGUGGACACUGAAGGAUGAUCCCAUCAUCCAAAGGCCAAUGUACAUCUCAGAAACGGCCUUUCUCUCAGAUCCAGCUGAUGGCAGCCUGUACAUCUUGGGGACCCAGAAACAACAGGGAUUAAUGAAACUGCCGUUCACCAUCCCUGAGCUGGUUCAUGCCUCCCCAUGCCGCAGCUCAGAUGGCGUCUUCUACACAGGCCGAAAGCAGGAUGCCUGGUUUGUGGUGGACCCUGAAUCAGGGGAGACACAGAUGACACUGACCACAGAUGCCCUUUCUACUCCCCGCCUCUACAUCGGCCGCACGCAGUACACAGUCACCAUGCAUGACCCCCGAGCCCCUGACCUUCACUGGAAUACCACCUACCGUUGCUACUCGGCACCCCCCAUGGACGUCUCUACUGGAAAAUACAUGAGCCACCUGGCAUCCUGUGGGAUGGGCCUGCUGCUAACUGUGGACCCAGGAAGUGGGGUGGUGUUGUGGACACAGGACCUGGGUGUACCUGUGAUGGGCAUCUACACCUGGCACCAGGACGGCCUGCGCCAGCUACCCCAUCUCACAUUGGCUCGGGACACCCUGCACUUCCUCGUCCUCCGUUGGGGCCACAUCCGACUGCCUGCUUCAGGUCUCCAGAACACAGCCACCCACUUCUCUGUCUUGGAUAUCCAGCUGCUGAUGACGCUGUAUGUAGGGAAGGAUGAAGCUGGCUUCUAUGUUUCCAAAGCACUGGUUCACACAGGGGUGGCCCUAGUGCCUCGUGGACUGACCCUGGCCUCCACGGAUGGCCCCACCACAGAUGAGGUGACACUCCAAGUCUCAGGAGAGCGAGAGGGCUCACCUAGCACAGCUGUCAGAUACCCCUCAGGCAGCGUGGCCCUCCCUAUCCAGUGGUUGCUCAUUGGACACCAUGAGCCGCCCCCAGUCCUGCACACCACCAUGCUGAGGGUCCAUCCCACCCCAAGGAGUGGAACUACUAAAACCAAACCCUCCAAGAGCAUGCAGUCUCCAGCCCUCUUAUUGGAGCUCCUGAGUGUGAGUCGGGAGGAAACUUGGGACCUGGAGCUGCACCCUGAAGAGAAAACUUCACACUUGGAUCCAGGACUAGGACCCCAAGACCUGCUGGUAGCCAGCCUCACUGCGGUCCUCUUAGGAGGGUGGAUUCUCUUCUUGAUGAGGCAGCUCUCGAGGAUCACCCCACAGGACCAAAAGAGGCUGCAAAGCCCCUCUGAGAAAACCCAGCCACCUGAAGACCCUGAAGCUGAGCAGCUCACUGUGGUGGGGAAGAUCUCCUUUAACCCCAAGGAUGUGCUGGGCCGAGGGGCAGGCGGAACUUUCGUUUUCCGGGGACAGUUUGAGGGGCGGGCAGUGGCUGUCAAGAGGCUCCUUCGUGAAUGCUUUGGCCUGGUCCAGCGGGAGGUCCAGCUGCUGCAAGAGUCAGACAGGCACCCCAACGUGCUCCGCUACUUCUGUACAGAGCAGGGACCCCAGUUCCACUACAUCGCCUUGGAGCUCUGCCCUGCCUCCUUGAAGGAGUAUGUGGAGAGCCCAGAACUGGACCGCUGGGGCCUGGAGCCUGAGACAGCACUGCAGCACCUCAUGUCUGGCCUGGCCCACCUGCAUUCCUUACACAUAGUGCACCGGGACCUGAAGCCAGCCAACGUGCUCAUCACGGGGCUUGACAGCCAGGGCCGAGGCAGAGUGGUUCUCUCCGACUUCGGCCUCUGCAAGAAGCUGCCAGCUGGCCGCUGUAGCUUCAGCCUGCACUCAGGUGUCCCCGGCACAGAGGGCUGGAUAGCACCUGAGCUCCUUCACCUCCUGCCCCCAGCCAGCCCUACCAGUGCAGUGGACAUCUUCUCUGCAGGCUGCGUGUUCUAUUAUGUGCUUUCUGGCGGCAGCCACCCCUUUGGAGAGAGUCUUUAUCGCCAAGCAAACAUCCUUGCAGGGGCUGCCUGUCUGGCUCACCUGGAGGAAGAGGCCCAUGACAAGGUGGUUGCCCGGAGCCUGGUUGAGGCCAUGUUGAGCCCACAGCCGCAGGCGCGCCCCUCUGCUCACCAGGUGUUGGCCCACCCCUUCUUCUGGAACAGAGCCAAGCAGCUCCAGUUCUUCCAGGACGUCAGUGACUGGCUGGAGAAGGAGUCUGAACAGGGGCCCCUGGUGAUGGCACUGGAGGCAGGAGGCUCCAUCGUGGUCCGGGGCAACUGGCACAAGCACAUCUCGGUACCACUGCAGUCAGAUCUGAGAAGGUUCCGAUCGUAUAAGGGGACUUCAGUGAGAGACCUGCUUCGAGCUAUGAGGAACAAGAAGCACCACUACAGGGAGCUCCCAAGUGAGGUCCGGCAGGCCCUAGGCAAUAUCCCUGACAGCUUUGUCCAGUACUUCACAGACCGCUUCCCACAGCUGCUUCUCCACACACACCAUGCCAUGAGGAGCUGCGCAUCCGAGAGCCUCUUCUUGCCCUACUAUCCACUGGCCUCAGGGGCUAGGGAGCCAUGCCCAGAGGCAGUUGGAAGCUGAGGCCAGCCAGCCCAGAAGUGGGCCUCGGGCUGAGACUGGCCUCAGCAUCAGAAAAUACCUGCAGAGACUUGGCAGCCUGGGGACAGAUACUGGAGAUAUGCUGAGAGCCCAGGUGCCAAGCACCCCUUGGAAUACAAGAAAAAAAAAAUCUCAUGUGUUUAAUAUAUAUAAAGGCAA